AAAUAUCUCAUAUUCCACCUGUUAGACUUCAUUGUUCUCAUGCAAUGCUUCAGUGAUCGUAUGAUUUUGUUUUCACUCAAUUGACCAAUAGAAUUGUCGUACUCCGCAAGGUUAAUUUACCCAAAUAUUUCCUAAUCUCGAGACUGGCGUUGGAAGAGAGAAAAUUUAUAUCUAUUUCUCCUUUUUGAUAAACUUCAAGAAUAAGGUAAGAAUAAAAAUGAAAUAUUGAAUUUAGUGCUUAUAAUGAAAUCCACUUUCUAUUAAAUAAAGUAUUUUUUGAAAGAGAAAGGUCUUAAUUUGGGUACCUGGCAGGUUUCGAAGUGGCAGAGAUUUCUGUGCGCUAAACUACAAUUUAACAAGUACACGGUAGAUUAUAUACCUAUAACGUCCAUUUGGGGGAUUUUCCAAGUUAACUAAAUGUCAAACUAACAAUGUGAUUCUUUCGUGCUAAUAUUGUAUAUAUUUGUGCCAUACAAUUUUAUUUUUGGAUAAAUAAAUAGAGGUGAAUGGAAACAUCAGAAAUCAUUCACACAGUAUCAUUUUAACUACGAACUGAAACUUGAAGUUUAGUUAGUGGGUGAGCCAUUUGAACUCCAUGCAUGAAUCUUGAUUUUAUAUUGUUCAAUUUCUUGAAGGAUUAUCUUUCUUAGUCCAGAUGUUUUUAUUCUCUUUAACGUAUAAAAAUUCACUAUUUGGUGAGCCCGUGAGGGAACUCUGAAUGUUGUAUGAGAGCAGAGCCGCAGGGUUUACAUUUUGGUUAAGGUUUCUAAUGGACUGAGUGUCGAAUAUCGAAAUUGAAGAAUUGUGUUAUGAAAGGUUAUAAUACAUAUAAAAAUCCAAUCACGUAAAGACGAACCCGAGUGCGGGUGGAACUUCGCAGUACAGUACUUGCUUGACUUUAACUUAUGCACAGGCAUUUCAUUUUUAUCUAAUCGCCAAUGCAGAAAAUCAAUUUUUUAUUGUGAGACACCUUUAUUCUUUAAGAAAAGGAUCCUUUUGUAAAGCAAUGGAUAAAGUAUAAAUCUUUUCAAUUAUAUAUUUUUAAUCUUUGUAAUGCUUAGAAUCUUAUAAAGUUUCUUUUUUCUGCGCUUUAAUCAGCAUAAUUUAUUGUUUUUCCAAUUUUUGUAGGAGCAGUGAAAGGAUAAGAUGAGGAUUUAUUUCGUGCUUUCAAUAGCCCUAGUUCUGGCUGUCACGUCAGAGGCUAUUAAAUCAAAGAAAUUGAAGAAAGUCAUCUCUGGACAUCAUAAAACAACCAAAGGUAUGAUCUUUUUUGCGAAUUUCAGUGAUCUUAUAACAAGUGCUACGUAUGUUUAUAAGAUACGAGGAUCUUCCGUAAAGAGGUUUGCUAUACUUCUCUGAGAUUUGUGUGCUCUAUUACACUACGCUCAAUGUUUUGGCUCGGCACGGAUACAAUUACUACCUUUGUAAAUAGGUAGCCUGAUCACGGAUAAAAAUUAUGCGGGUACCAAAAUUGAGCGUAGUGUAAACUGUUAUGCUGAUUUGCAGUGUUGUAGGAAGUUCAAUAUACACCGCCUCCAUAAAAGAUUUAAUUUAAAAGUACAUUACGGCUUGGCUAUAAAGCCUCGUUUUUCUGGCUUUAGACCUCUUUAUCUUGUUGACUUAUUUACAAAAUCAUACCGUUAAAAUAGAUCAUGUUAAAAUUUUAUAUAACUAUAUAAGUUAUCAGUCACAAGAUAAAAGGCUGUAAAACCAAUAUCUCUAUAUGCUAUCGAAUCUGUUGCGAGUAUGCUGUAAUAAAGUUGAACAAACCAUAACUUUCAUACAGUUUCUCAUGCACUAAUAGCACGAUCUUACUGAUGGUAAAACUUUUCUUCAAUGUUUUUGUUCACUUUCUUACUUUGCAGGAUCAAAGAAAUGCAUGACCAGUCCAUGUGGUGGUGCUGCUGGUGGUUAUGGCGCUGCUGGUGGUUAUGGCGCUGGUAUGAUGCCUUCGUAUGGUGGUGCUGCUGGUGGAAUGAUGCCACCAUAUUGGCCACCACCUUGCCCCAGUCCACCUUGCCCUCCUCCCCCACCCCCACCACCGUAUUCACUGAAGGAAGAGAAACACGUGACACAUCAUCACACACAUCCGCAGAUGGGACAAAUGGGCCCACCACCUCAAAUGCCCCCAUCCCCACAAUAUGCUCAACACACUGUCCACCAUCAUGUCUACCAUCCAGCUCCACCUUCCGGUCAGCUACCAAUGGUUCCACCACAACCUCCUGUGGUUUUAAGAGAUGAGAAACAUGUCACCCACCAUCAUACUCACCCUGCUCCCCCAAUGGGACCUCCCCCUCCACCACCCUGUCCAGCUCCUUGUACAGAACAGGAACUCCACCAUGAACACGUGUUCCACAAAAACAAAGGAAGUUUCGCACAAGGACAACAAAUGACAGGUGCUAAUGCUGCGAAUGGAGGAAUACAGUUUGGAGGCAUGGGCCAGCGUAUGGGUAUGGGUAUGGGAAUGGGAAUGGGCGGAGGUAUGGGAUGUCCAAGACCUUGUAAGAAGUCAAAGCUGCACAAAAAGUUGAAAGAGGCAAAGAAAUCUCACAAGAAACACCAUCACGAGAAACAUCACGACAAGAAAAGUGAGAAACACCAUGAUAAAAAGUCCAAAAAAGAUUAACUUCAGAAUGGACAACAAUAACGACAGACAACUACUUUAGGCCUCACAACAAAUUGUGCCAGCGGUACUAAUACCAAAAACUACAACAAGAAGAUUGACUAUACGAUUAUGGCUUGCCAAUGAUAUUUGUUUCCGUGAAAUGUAUAUAAAUAUUCAUGAACCAAAUAUUAGUGGGGAAGUAGAACCAGAGAAAAAUGAACUACAAUAUGUAGAAUACUUGCUUUUCGCACCUUGGUAAAUAAAGUAAAAGUUGUUUGCUGAGGUUUUAAAACUUAGUUUGAAAUAUGUAAAUGCGAAUACAAUCGUGUAAAUUAUUUUAUCCAUUUUAUUAAAUUACGCAAUUUAUAUGUUACUGUUGAAAGAGGCUUCAAAUUUUAACCCACUGCAGACAGAUUUUGUGCAAAGAAAUAUACAGCACUUAACAUUCUUUCUCCUCCUUCGACGAACUCGCUGCUAGGGGUGGAUAAAUUUUCCUUGCAAGUAACGCAAUAUCGGAAAAUUUAAAAAUACCAAGGAACAGCUCAUUAUCUAGAGGGUGGAGCAGCCUAGUGCAAACAGGGGGUGCAUGGGUGACCAAUUUUGGCAUCCAAUUCUGCAAGGAUGCGGGCGUGGUAAUCUCCAACCGGAUAUUUAUAUCAUGCACGCGAUCAACAACGUAUGGAGUGAUUUAGGAUGGUAUUCUACCGUGG